CUUGCUGCUGCUGGUGGAGCCCCUCUCUGCUGAGGUGUCUCGACAGCUGACGGCGCAGCUGCUGCACUUGGGGGCCUCAGGAGUUUCUGCUGCUACUCUGCACAUCAGCUCUCCCGGCUACGGGACAGAUGCCCAGGGAGCGCAGCAGGGCGGGGACUUGGAGUGGCUGCCGGUGGCGGCGUUGCUGCUGCAGCACCGCGCAGCAGCAGCAGCAGCAGCAGCAGCAGGCAGCAGCAGCAGCAGGAGGCAGCAGCAGCAGCAGCAGCAGCUGACAGUCACCACAAUAGCCCUGGGGCAUGCAGGCGGCCCUGCUGCUCUUCUGCUUGCCUGCGGCGCAGCAGGAAGGCGCUUCGCAACGCGCAAUACAUG